AUGCCCCUUCUUUUGGUUACGGGACAUCCUGCCUCUGGUAAAUCUACACUCGUUAAUAGAAUACAGGAAUACUUCUUGAAUAAAGGCAAAGAAAUGGUAAUCGUUCGAGAUGAUGACUAUCUUGAUUUUCGUCGACACGAUUACGGUAAUUCCACUAAGGAGAAAGACCAGCGUUCCUACUUACGAUCAUGCGUGCAAAAGAGCUUAACUCAAGAUACUGUGGUAGUAUGUGAUGGUUUGAACUACAUUAAAGGGUACAGAUAUGAAUUAUUCUUAACUGCUAAGCUAUGCAAAACCACGUUUGCUGUACUCCAUUGUCAUGCAGAAAUUUCUACAUGCAAAUGGUUAAACGAGCAAAAGAAUGACGUCGCAAGAUAUGAAGAAAGUACACUUACCGAGCUUAUCGCACGAUACGAAAAACCUGAUCCUCGUAAUCGAUGGGAUUCUCCGCUAUAUGAAAUCAAAGUUGGAAGAAAAGCACCAGAUGAUAUGGGGAUCAACUUGGAGCAUCCAUCUCCAAAAUUUGUGGAUAUUCCUUUUUCAGACAUAUUCAGUUGGAUGUGUGAGGGUAAAGCACUCACCCAGAACCAAAGCACGCAAGUGGUCCCCACAGCUCCAAUCAACUUUCUUCAUGAACUUGAUCGUGUUACCCAAGAGGUUACAAAUGAAAUCAUACAAGGACAGCGUAACGUUGUUGUUGGUCAGCAUGUAGUCAUCACUAGCUUCGAUCCAAACCCAAACAAGGUGAUGGUCAGUAGAACUCGCACGUUAGCCGAACUCACACGGCUUAGACGACAGUUUAUCAAUAUGUCCAAAGCCAAUCCAAUCGACAGUAAAUCUAAAAUAGCCUCCCUGUUCAUACACUACCUCAACAGUAAUGUAUAA